GAGUGGAUGCCGGGAUAAAAACUUAGCAGUGGCGCUUGGGAAAGUUUCGGGAAGAGUAGGAGGGAGGGGACUUGGGAGUGGAAGUGUAGUAACCCGACAGCGAGCAUGACCGACGCCGAGGCGCAGAGCGCUCCACCAUCGGCACCGGUGGAAGACAAACCACAGCCGGAGAGGAAAGUUAUAGCCACUUUGGUCCAAGGCACAGUGAAAUGGUUCAAUGUGCGUAAUGGGUAUGGCUUCAUUAACAGGAAUGACACCAAAGAAGACGUAUUUGUUCAUCAGACAGCAAUCACGAAGAACAAUCCCAGGAAAUUUCUCCGCAGCGUUGGAGAUGGGGAAAUUGUAGAGUUUGACGUGAUUGAAGCAGCUAAGGGCUCCGAAGCAGCUAAUGUUACCGGUCCAGGUGGUGUUCCGGUGAAAGGAAGCCGCUAUGCGCCCAACAAACGGCGAUUCCGUCGACGGUUCUUUCCCCGAAGCCCUCGGCCCGGCGACCAGAACAAACCAGCCGAUGGCCAAGGUCCUGAUACUGACAGAUCGGGAGAGAGUGAGGGAGCGAGGCCUCAGCAACGCCGCCGUAGGCCGCGCAGGCCACGGCAGGAGACACAAGAUGGUGAAGUUGGCGAGCAGAAGGAUGGAGAUGAAGAGGGUGGUCAGACACAGAGUGAUCAGACACAGAGUGAUCAGACCCAGCGGCUGCCACGACGCAGAUUCUGGCGCCCAUACCGCAGGCCAUUCCGUCCUCGCCCACCUCCCAAUCAGGCUGUAGAAGACCAGCAGGCGGCUGCACCAGCAGAGAGCCUGGAGAAGAGUGAGCUAAAGCAGCAGCCGCAGCCCGAGGUGGCGGUGGCGGCGGUACCUGACAGCCCUCAGACCAAUGGAGAAGCAGGGGAGGGCGAAGGCCAGAAACAACGCCGCCAGUUCAGACGACGCAGGCAAAGGAAUUCAGAGUCCUCUGUCUCCAAAAAUGAUACAGAGAAGUCUGCAUCAGAGCCUGGCACCCCACCACAGACCUCAAAGCCAUCUGAUACGAAACCCACAUCAAAGUCGCCAAAGACCUCUCCCAAAAUCUCCCCCAAAACGGUAAAAUUGCCUGAGCAGGCAGCGCCAACAACUGUCCCAGCACCAGCAGAGUGAUGACCACGAGGAUGGUCACACGACCCUUGGCAAGAGGUCCUAGGGUUGGAGGACUGGACCUAUUUCAGACCACAUGCACUGCUCUCCCCUCCCUGCACUCCCCCAAUCCUCCAUCCUACCACUUCUCACAGUCAUCCUUCAGGCUCCUUCCCCACCCCCUCAUCUUGUCUUGUCCUGUCCACACUGACAUCUGGAGAGGGUGGGAAGGGAGCGCAGGGUAAGGGGAUACAGGUAGUUGGUGGGUGCACAUUUAGAAAUUGAAAGUACAGCUUUUAAAAAAAGGGGGAGAGAGGAAAAAUGGGAAUGUUAUUCCACCCCCUUAGAAAUAUUUUCUUUAAUAGAGCAGAUGGGGCCCAUCAUGUAGUUUAAUUUGGCUUCUGAUUAAUUUGGUUAAAGAGGGGAAAGCUAAGCAGGUCUGCGAUUGGUGAUGCAUAAUGGGAUUCUGUUUAGUUCUGUUAACGCCUCAAAUCGAUUCUUGAAACGUACUACUCCCUUAAUCUUCUUGGUUGAGGUUGGAUUAGAAAGAAGCUUAAUUUCCUUUUUGUUUUACUUGUGUGUGCUUUUCUUUGGAGGGGGAUUAUGUGCAAUGUUAAUGCUUAAAAUGCUAAUUAAUAAAUCAUGUUUGCAAA